UCCGGGGUGAUUCACACAGGGAGCUGGCAUGGCUGCUGUGCUCUUUGGCUUUGAGGAUCUGCUCUACAGCUGGGACAGCCUGGUGUGGAGCCUGACGUCCCGGGCUCUGCGGACUUGCCGCUUUGGAAACCUGAGGGUCCUGCAGCUCAUGCUGAAGCCAUGGUGCAUUUCCAGAGACGUUUAUCAGAUGACGGAGGGUCGCAGAUGCCAAGUGCACCUCCUUGACGACAGGAAGCUGGAGCUCCUCGUUCAGCCAAAGCUUUUGGCCAAGGAGUUGCUUGACUUGGUGGCAUCUCAUUUCAACCUGAAGGAGAAGGAGUACUUUGGAAUUGCAUUCACAGAUGAAACGGGACACUUGAACUGGCUUCAGCUGGACCGACGGGUGCUGGAACAUGACUUCCCCAAGAAGUCAGGACCGGUUGUUUUGUACUUUUGUGUCAG